AUGGCCUCAGAUCCGCCCGAAGAGGCGCUGCACUUCCGGGGCAAGACGCUGACGCCCGAGAGCCCGCGGCCGCUGCACAUCGCGGAGCCGUCGAAUAUACCCCUCCUGCAGAACCAGAUGGACGCCUCCUACCAUGAUACCUCCGCCCUAGAAACCGUUCCGGAGGUCAAGGAACACACUUUGAACCCAGUGCUUGUUGAGCAGGGCCUCCAGCGGCCGGCGGUGGGUGACCAGAUGCAGAUGGUGGACCAGACGUUCGCGAUGCUGCAGAGCGGGCUGGAGCAGAUGAACGCGAGUGCUGCUGGCAGUGUUGCUGAAAUAACAGGUAGUCUCCCUGGAUCUAAUGCAAAGACGGAGGGCAUGCUAUCAGAGAAUGAAUCGAUACUCGCUUCUACUACUCGAGACGAGGUUUUGACGAAUUCACUUUCAUCUUCAGUGCCUCAUCCAAAUCCUACCGCUGAGCUAGACCUACAGCACCAUCAAACCCACCCUGAUACCGCUGCCCAUACCCAUAUGGCGGGAACGGUAGGGAAUAACAAUAUUACAGCCGCCCAUCUAGCUCCAUACCCAACUACUCAGGGCGUUGCUCCUCUAUAUGGCGCUUACCAGCAUCAGCAACCUCCUUCACCACUGCGGUCUAGUCCUGCUGCUGGUUACCCCUUAGCUCCGACUCAGAACCCAGGUGAUGUGAACUCCGAUAUCUCUCAGUCUUCUCUUCUCAAUACUACUGCUGCCUAUCAGAACAUGCUUGGUAGCAACGUACCCUCGUCUUCUGCAUCAUAUAUAACUACUGCUGCCCCUACCGCUGCUGCUGUUGCUACCACUACUACUACGCCCACAUCUGCAGCCCAUGCUGCAGAACCCAUCAGCCAGCCAGAUCAUACCCUCAGUGACAUUGCCGUUUCCAGCAUGCCCAUAUCUUACUCAUCUACUCAUCCUUCUCGCCCACUUGCUGCUACCCAUGAAAGUGAGCCCAUGCAAACAAGUCAUCCUGACACAGGCCCUGACACCUCCCCAUCUAAAGAAUCUCUUCAAAAUGAUAAAAGUAAUAGUCUGCCCCAACGUUCAGCUGCCAUGGAUGCUUCUGCUCGCCUAUCUACAUCCCUUUCUAGCCCUGAAGCACUCCAGCAAGUACCACCAAAAUCUCAUACCAGGAAAGUAUCCAACACUUCACGAAAACGUGACAGUUAUGAUGAGAAUAUAGAGUCUACAAAGGGUGACCCACAAGAUGAUACCCCCUGGGGACCUGAUAUCCAGAAAAAGUAUGAUGACUUUCUCCGUGAUGAACGUAUAUAUGUUACCGAGGCGCAUUGGGAUAGGUUUCCUGCCGGCUCCCGUCUGUUUAUUGGCAACCUACCAACUGAACGAGUGACUAAGCGUGAUCUUUUUCAUAUAUUCCACAUGCAUGGAAAGUUGGCUCAGAUAUCAAUCAAACAAGCCUAUGGCUUCAUUCAGUUCCUCGAACCUGACUCGUGCCGCAAAGCACUUCAGGCUCAGCAAGGCUCUACAAUCAGGGGCCGAAAGAUUCACCUAGAAAUAUCCAAGCCUCAACGUGGCGCUCGCAACUCUGGCCCAACGGAGAACAGUGGACGUAAGCAGAGAAGGUCAAGAUCGCCAGAGUACGAAAGGAACAGAGAACCGCCACCUCGAGGUGGCCGUUCAGCUGCGGACCGAUAUGAUAGGGGUCCCGGAAGACUGGCAAUCAGUGAUUUCAGGGAAAAGGACCCACACCGGUACCGUGAUAGAAGUUCUCGAUCUCCUUCACCCAGAGGGCUACGCCGAGAUUCGUAUCACUCCCGAGAACGCAGUUUUGAUAGAUAUGAUCCUCGAGAGAGGCGACGGUCGAGGUCACGAUCACCUCGGCCUCGAAUUGCACGCUACCGUAGCCCCAGUCCAAGGGACAAAGGGUAUGACAGCGAAUCUGACCUGCCAAUUCCAAGGAGAGAUCCGCGUAACGUCCCGGAGGUCCAGGUUAUUGUUCUGGAAAAUGCAGACAAGUUGGUCUACCCCCUUACUCAGGUCUUUACAUGUCAGCACGCUAACCGGUUUUCCAGUGAAUUUGUUUAUCGAGUUGAGAACGCUUUCAGGGAUCGCGGCCUUAGAUGUGACGUUUUAAUUCUAAGUCCUCGAAUUCGAUUGUCUGCUGUUGUUCGGCGACAAGUAAUGGAGGGUGUCCUUGCCAUUGUUCGCAUCUCUCGAGCAAAUCAGUACUCAGGAAAGAUACCGUUGCAGAUAUUUGACCGAUCUGGUGGGAUGGACAACGUACGGUUUAAUGAAUACUCUGAACUUGAUCUCAACCUCGCUGCUGAAGUCGUCGUUCAUGCACGUAAUUCCCAGAAACCAAAUCCGAUACAGCUGCAGCCGCCACUUCUAUCUGCUGUCUUGCCUCCUCAACCCAUACCGCAACCAGUAGCAGCUCAGUCAGAACAAGCUGCAAUUGCCAGUCUUCUGUCAAACCUCGACAGUUCCACCCUUCAUACGGUACUUAAUUCCCUGAACCAGCAGCAACAGUUGCAAGCACAGCAAGCACAACAGCAAAAUCGCCAGUUCCACUCACAGCCAGCACCUGCCACCGCACCACCGCUAAAUUCGACCAAUCUUGCGGCACUCUUGGGUAACUUGACACGUCCGGGCAAUGCCAAUCCACCGUCCAUUCCAACCACAACUGCUCCAGGCACACAUUUUGCGCCUCCUCCUCCUCCCCCUCCUCCUCCUAAUCCGAUCCCCCAUCCCAACACCAACUUAGCUUCCCUUCUGCCAAAGGGCCCUAAUCCAGGACACAACGGCCCGCCCCCCCAACCACAAGCCAAUAUGCAAGUACAGCAGAUCAUGGAACAGCUAAUGAAAUGGAAACAAUAA